GAUACAAAAAGUGCAGAAUAGGAAACUGUGGGAGCGUUACGCCCACCGUCGACAAGAAGUAGCCGAGGAGAUGGUAGCUGCAGGCCUUUCGUCUCCCAAUACAGUACCAAGGCCGAGCUCUACUUUAACAACACCCCAAGCAAACGAGCGAAUGCUCUUCCAUGGUUCCUCCUUCAUCAAUGCAAUCGUCCAAAAAGGUUUCGACGAAAGGCAUGCGUACAUCGGUGGAAUGUUUGGAGCAGGAAUUUACUUCGCUGAGCACAGUAGCAAGAGUAAUCAGUACGUUUACGGAAUUUGCGGGGGUACAGGCUGUCCUGCACACAAAGACCGCAGCUGUUACAUUUGUCACCGGCACUUGUUGUUAUGUCGAGUAACUCUUGGAAAAUCAUUCCUGCAGUUUUCCGCUAUGAAAAUGGCACACGCACCACCGGGUCAUCAUAGUGUCAUGGGUAGGCCCUCUCAAGGAGGGCUAGUAUUUCCAGAAUACGUUGUUUACCGAGGAGAGCAAGCUUAUCCUGAGUAUUUAAUUACUUAUCAAAUUGUGAGACCCCAGCAGGAACCAGGUAGCAAUGGUGAGGGAGGUGAGGAGCGGUGAUGGGAAGAGGUGUGCCCUGCGGCAACACUGCGACGAUUGUGCUGCUGUCAAAGACCGAGAGCCUGCAGUAGAUUGUCAUGGGAUGAAUGAUUAAAAAAAUUGAUAAGUCAGCCAUCGAAUAGUGGCACGAGAAAUCGAGAAUAUAAAUAAAUUGCGAUUAUGUGGCAGAUAUUUUUCAAAAAUAGUGGCUCAGAUGAAAAAGUUUAUAAUUUUUGGUCACGGAUCUUUUACAAUGGACGUCAUAAAAGUUCUACGAUUUUUCUCGAAAUCUUCUUGUUUUCGAAAUGAACCGAAAUCAUGUGGAGCAUUCUGUGGGAACUCGAGAGGUUACAAACCUGAUGAUUACGAAUUUGGAUUAUAAUGGCUCAAUUUAUGUUCACAGGUGAACAUAUAACAUCGUGUACAUGUAUGAACAAAUCCAUGAAUUCUAUAUA